CUGGCCCAUAAACUGACAGCUCCCCCAAAAAAACGGAGCUAGGCCGCUGGCGCUGGCGCAGGCAGCCGUCCACCAGAGGCCCGCACCCGUGCACCACGCAAGACACCGUCAAGCACGUACUAUAUCCAGCCUCAGCCCUGGACUAGCCCCAAAUCAGCGAGUAUCGACCCGUUUUCACCGCAGAAAAGAUGGCCGGAAACGGAAUGCCCGCCGCGUCCGCGGACGACGUGUUUGCCCUGGCGCUACCGGGCAACGACGACGUGCCGGACGACAAAAUGAUCGACGACAUCUUUGCAGAGCGCACCACCAAGCACGCAGAUGAUGCCGUCGAUUACGAGGACAUCGACGAGCUUGCCGACGACGACGACGACCUUCCGGAAGAGCACCUUGCGGUCCCCGCAACCGGCGCCGGCGGCGCGCUGGGCCGCGUGCUGGCGUUCGAGGAAACAGGGCUCCAGAACGACGCCGAAAACGAGUUCGACGCGCUUUUCGGCGACGAGAACGCGCCGGAACAUGGCCAUGGCGGCUUUGUGCACGCGGACGUAGAUCUCGCGGGGCCCGUGGGCCACGCGGGGCUCGACAUUUUGCAUGACAUGGGCCCCACGGCCGGUCACGAGGACGACGGGCUUAACGACUUGGGGCUUGGCUUCGAGGACGAAACAAGCACCGGUGUGGACCCCGCCGGGCGCCGGCCUGGGCCCGCGGCAACGGCGGCGCCCCGCAAGCGCAAGUCUCCCGACGUGGUGGCGGCCAAGACGGCCAAGUUGCGGAGGCUAGUUCACGACAUGGAGGCCCGCCAGAAGGCCCGCAUGGUGCGCAGGUACUUUUCGGCGUACUCCGCGGAGAAGCCCUUCAACUUCCAUGACAUGGUGCUGCCGGAACCGCGGUACUACGCGUACAAGCGCCCGGCCAUCGCGUUCAAAUCACACCCCAAGCCGCUCGUUCCGUUGAAGAUCUCCUUGGACAUAGAGCCGGACCAGAAACGGGCGUUCAAGUCCCGCAAAGGCGUGCCCAGUGAGCCUGCGUGCGCCAAGGGCGUCUCGCAGAUCACCCAGCAGGACUUGGACUUCAUCGAGGGCUUGCACUCAACUGGCGACCCGCGAUCGCGGGUGAAGGUGUUGCCCAUCAUGGAGCAGGAUGGCGUGGAGAACGACAAGUUCUCCGACUUCAGCAAGGACCUUGUGCUCGCCACGGCUGACUGGGACGACAACUCCAUCAUCAGUGCUGGCAACUCUGAGACCGAGGAAGCCCCUGCCCGUGCGAAACUGGUCACCGACAGCUUCGAAAUGGACGACAUUCUGUACGACGACGAAAACAUUCUCAAUGCUCAGAUCAGCCAGGAGAAAUUCGAGUUGAACAUGAACGACCCGCAUCUUUUGUUUGUGCCCGACGUGAAGAGAAUCGAGCAUACAAAGUCCAAAGCAGUGGUGCCGAGUGAUAACAAGCUACUACACCAAAAGUUCAACGUCUCGAAUGACAAGGCGUACGAGAUCUUCGAGAACAACUACAACACCAAGGUCAGAAGUCAGUUGAGUAACUUGAACAUCGAGCAUUCCAUCCCCGCCUUGCGGCUUCAAACGCCGUACUAUAAGAUCAAGUUGUCGAGGGAAGAGUCCAGAGCUUUUCACCGGCCCAAAUUCCAAGUUAUACAGGGCUCUUUAAUCUGUUUCUCCAAACCAAGAUUGCGGAAGAAAAAGAAAGACCGGGGCAAAACUCCACAGGAAGUCUUUUCCAGAACCAACGAUCUCUCUGUGGCCGACUCCGCGACUCUUAUUGCCAUGGAGUAUUCCGAGGAAUAUCCCAGCAUCUUAUCUAAUUUUGGUAUGGGAAGCAAAAUGAUAAAUUACUACCGAAAAGAAAAGGAAGAAGACAACACGCGACCAAAGGCACUCUUGGGAGAAACACACGUCCUUGGGGUCGAGGACCGGUCUCCGUUCUGGAACUUUGGGCAUGUUGCAAAAGGAGAUUUUGUGCCUACACUUUACAACAAUAUGAUCAGAGCACCAAUUUUCAAACAGGAAUCCAAGUCCACGGAUUUCCUCUUGAUCCGAUCGCAGGGCUGUGGAAACCAUCAGAGAUAUUUCCUCAGGCGUAUCGAUCAUCUAUUCGCAGUGGGAAACAUAUUUCCAGCUGUGGAAGUGCCAGCCCCUCACUCAAGAAAAGUCACCAACACAUCCAAAAAUCGCUUAAAAAUGAUCGUUUUUCGCACCAUGAACCAGAACGGAACAGCCAGAUUGUCUGUAAAAGAUAUCUCGCUGCAUUUUCCCGAUCAGAAUGACAUGCAAAAUAGACAGCGCUUGAAGGAGUUCAUGGAGUAUCAAAGGCAAGGAGAUGACCAGGGUUUCUGGAAAAUUCGGGGUGCUGACGCCGUUCCUACAGAAGAGGAGAUCAAGUCCAUGAUCACGCCUGAAGAUGCGGCUCUUCUAGAUUGUAUGCAGCAUGGGCAGCAAGUCUUAGACGAUAUUGAGUCUCUAUACAACGAUGACGCAAGAAAGCUAGAUUUCAGAAAGGACAAGAAAGAGAAUGAAAAAGAGGAUAUCGAGACUGACGAAAAGAAGGAACUCGAAAAGAAGAAGGACAAGAACACCGACAUCGACGAAACUAUAGAUGAAGGGCUUACACCUUGGAGUUCCUCUAGGAGCUUUAUCAUUUCCAAUCAAACCAAAGCCAUGCUUCAGCUUAAUGGAGAGGGAGACCCAACAGGAAUAGGUCUCGGGUUUUCUUUUCUUCGCGCAACACAGAAGCAUGGCUUUAAGCCUUUGAUCCCCCCACCCAAGGACACUGUUCCUAAAAACACAACAGCUUCGUAUCAGCAAAAGCUUUACGAAAAUGAGAUUUCGAGAAUUUGGUAUGGGCAAAGAAGCUCUCUCACUGUCGAUAACACCGAAGGGCAUUCUCUUGAUGAUAUCUAUCGCGAGUAUAAACCACUUGAUCACACGAAAUACAUCAAGAGUAAAAUCGAUAAGGAGCGCGAAGAUAUCGUCAAGAAUGAGGGCCAAAAGGCGGCAAACCAAAAUGUUUUAAAGAUCACCCGUUUGGUAAGAGACGAGAAUAACAUAGUGCAGCGGAAAGUCGAAUAUUUGCACGAUCCCAGAUUGAUCAAGGCGUACAUCAAGAGAAAAAAGCAGAUCGAAGGAGACAAGAUGUCGAUGGCCGAUGUGAACGAAAUUAUUCCAACAAACGAUGCUGAGAUGAACAAAAUCAGGCGUAAAGCAUUGGAGGAGAAAAUUGCAAAUCUUCAAAAGAGAGCUAAACUCAGCAAAGGGCGUAAGCCUAACAAAGAUCCGUUGCAUCUUGCAGCCGCUGCUGGAGGAACAAUUAUCGACGCCAACACUGUCAUGUUGCCCGAUGGUUCCAUCGCCUUUGGAGGCAAGGGAAUCGGGAAAGGAAAGAGCACGACAAGGAGAUGCAAGUCGUGCGGGGCUUUCGGUCACAUCAGGACCAACAAGGCGUGUCCGCUUUACCAUGCGACAAAGGGAGGCACCAUACAGAUACCGCAGGAACAAAAGGAUAUCUUGCUUGCAUCAGCGAAGGACAGACCCGAAGGCUUCGAGACGGCAACCUCGGGCAACGAAACGCCUGCUGUGGAGCUUUCUGCCGCCGGAAGCCCGGCGGCGCCUACAUACUAAUUAUGAUACUCAAUGGGCUAGUAUAUUAAUUAGAAAAAAAAAGGACAAAAUAACAACGGGGAAAAAGACCUGUGGAAGGCCGA